GAGGCUCUGCCCGGCCAUUCGGUAUCAAGCUCUCGUUGGGUACGGUCGUGUCUGAAUCCGGUCUCCGUUCUGCGAUCCACGAUCUCCGGUUGAAAUAUUUGCCAGCCGAUCGCCAGGUAUCGAGCUUUAUUUCGUUCGGACCCGCAACUCCAGAGUGUCGAGACGUGUGUGCGCGAAACUUGAACCGUACCGUACCGCUUUCAACGUCCAACCUCUGCACCCUCAUCCCCCCUGUUUAGCUCUGACUGGCCUGGAUCUCGGAUCGAUCGUAUGCAUGUCUUAUAGAAGAUAAGACGCUCAGAGAUCUCAGUGAGGAAGUUUGAAGGAUCCACUGCCAGCACAUCACCCACCCACCCACAAAGCCUCAGCCAUGGAGCACAAAAAUCUGUCCGCCUGGCUGGCCCUGCUCCUUCUGUGCGUGGCCGCCACUGCCACCCCUGCCCGUUCCCCCGCAUCCGCCUCCGACUGCCCAGCCGACUGUAGCUGCACCCUGUCGCAGCACACACACAAGCCACUGUACCACCUGAAGUGUAACAGCACCCACGGCCUGAAGGUGGCGGAGAAGGCCUUCCAGUCGGCGAUACCCAUGCACUCCAUUGACCUGUCGGGCCUGAACCUCACCCGCUUGGGUCAUGUGCUGGACAAGCUGCCCGACCUGACCUCCGUCGACCUGUCGCACAACCGACUGCAGGAGUUCGGCCACCUGAGCAAGCGCCUGAAGCGAUUGAAUCUGAAGCACAACGAGAUCACGUCGGAGAAGCUGAAGAAGCUGCCGCAGCACCUGCAGGUCCUCAACCUGCAGCACAACAACAUCACCUACCUGCCCCUGGAGCUGACCCACAUGAGCCAGUUGCGACAGGUGGAGCUGAGCCACAAUGCCAUCAACUGCUCGUGCCAGACGCUGGAGGUGCGCAACUGGUUGGUGGAGCGCCUGGUCUACAUGGAGCACCCGGUGGUCUGCAGCUAUCCGCUGGGCUACAAGGGUCGCUCCUGGCUACAGCUUAAGCAGGAGGAGAUCUGCCAAAAGGAGCACCACCAGACCUAUAUCCAGGGGGCGGACGAGAACGAGCUGAUGAUGGGAGACCAGCCGGUGGACACUUCCGCGGAGCACGAGGAGGAAGAAGAGUUAGGCAAGUCCUUUAUGCUGCUGGAGAGCGGCAGUCUAGCGGCCACAUCCAAGAAGGUGCGAUCUCCGCAGGAACCUUUGCCCGGCGACCUGGUCGAGGGUUCUGGGGACAUCACCCAAACCAACAUGGAACUUCGGGCCCCAGCUAUUCAAACAGAGGAACCCGUGGCGGCUGCGGCUCAACUUGACGACGUAGCUGUUGAAGUCCCGGAAGUCGAGGAAGAUGAGAAUAACGACCCCUCCGAUGAGACUGAAGGCUCCGGCAGCGGCGCAGGCCCGAUUGUCAUACCCGUUGGUUUCAAGGUGCCCAUUUCUCCAGAGGACAAUGAGGCCGACAAUGAAUCCCAGGAGGAGGAAAAGUCAGACGAACCCGAAGAUAGCAAGCCGGUGGCUCAACCGGAUGACGACUUCAAGGGCAUGGGCAUCUGGGAGAAUGGCCAAGAGGAGCCAAAGCCCGUUGAGGAGGAGGUGGUAGUGCCGGUGGUGCAGACGAAACUGGACACCAGCGAUGUCAAGUCGGAGGUGGUCACCGAUGGUCCACUUAGCGACGACAACGAGUCCGAUGACAUCAAGACCGCCAGCAUGGGCAAGCAGUCUGAUGACAGCAACGCCAUCUACUACCUGCUGGCAGUGAUCGGCCUGAUUGUGGUGGGACUGAUCCUGUUCGUGGCCAUCAAGCGCUGCAAGUACGACAGCAAUGCGGCCCAAAGGGAUGCAGAGGCACAGCGCCAGACGGAGCUGCUCGACAUGGACAAGAAGCAGCUGGGCAAGCCGCUGCACAAGAACGGCCACGGCAACGGCCAGGAGCACUCGCCGCUGAUCGGCGAGAAGACCAAGCUGGACGAGGCCCAGAUCGUGAAGAAGCCCUACGAGAACGGCGAUUCCAAGGACGGAGCUGGUCAGCAGCCAUUGCUGAACGGCAAUGGAGCGGCCAACGGCGGCGCCAAGGAUGCUCCGGAAGUAAAUGAGCCCGCUGCCCAUGAGUACUACCCCAUCAGUCCGCGCUAUCCCACCCCCCAAUCGCCACGAGCCUCCAAGUACGCCCAGCACCAGCAGCCCGCCGAGCAGAACAACAACGAACCGGACGCUGCCUACUUGCCCUCGUCCCCGAAAUCGGGUCGCUAUUCUCCAGUCUACUCCCCGGAAACGGGUCGCGUCAAGAUCAAGCUGACAGAGACCCCCAAGCCGAAGACUCCGAUGCUGGUGACGCGCAGCAAAUCGAAUGCCGGGGACAUCAUCACCACCCCGUUGCGACCCAUCGAACCCACCCACCAGACCAUCAAUGGCCACUGAUGUGCGGGAGGCCCGCGCCAAGCGCCAUCGAGCCAGCCAUCAACUCUCCACACAGUCCUUGAAUCCUCCUUGUUUGAUACUAGAAAUCCGACAUAGGGAUGUAUAUCAUAAUCUGCAACAGCAAAAUCCUGCAACCUGCAACAGUUAGAACCUGCAACAAAAACCAACAAGGCCACGACGACAGAAAACUAUUCGAUUUAAGUUACCACCCGCUCCCCCUCUUAAGUGUAACCGAGUAGUAGUGUUUAGAAUUAAGUAAAUUAAUUAAACAUAAGCAUAAAUCUAGUAUAAUACCAAAGUUAAAAAAUAUAUGCAUAUUAAAAUGUGAAGCGGCGAUUGCCUGCCCGCGACUUUCGAGUGGAAUGAAAAUUAAUGGUUUAACUGAAGCGACGACAGAGGAGUGGAAGAGAAAUAACUAAAAUAUCAAGUAUAUUUUGAAUAAUGCUUUCAAUCUGCAUCUGUGUAUAUGUACUUUUAUAUCCUAUCUAUAUACUGUAAACUACUUAAGAUCAUGCUCUUGUGAAAUUAUAUUGUGUUAAUUCAUUAAAUGCGAGCGACUUUUUAAACGGA